UGCUGUUGUAUCCCAAGAUCUGGACAGAGGAGUGCUGUCUCCUGCUCUGUUUUCCGCACAGCCCAAGGAUCUGAAACCCAAAGCCAUGAGGACAUUCACUCUACUCAUCGCCUUUCUGGUGGCCCUCCAGACCCAGGCAGAACCUCUCCAAAGAAGAGCUGAGGAAGUUCUAGACCAGGAGCAGCUGGGAGAGGAUGACCAGGAUAUGUCCAUAUCCUUUGGAGGGGAUGAAAGCAGUGCUCUUCAAGAUGCAGAUGUGAGGUCAGGCUUGACCUGCUAUUGCAGAUUAAGAGGCUGUGGAUUUAGAGAACGCCUCAUUGGGUACUGCAGGUACCGGAAUGUCGUCUACCGACUCUGCUGCCGCGCAUGAUCACUAAGAACAAGACAAAGAGAUUUGCCAUAUGAGUUGAGAGCCUGAAGGAUACUACUUGUCCCCUGCUGUGUGUCCUUGAAUUUCUUCCUCCUUUUUAUCUAAAUAAAGUCCUUGCAGCAA